GAAUGAUUUUGAAUCUUUCACGCGUUGUUCGUUUGAGUCAGAACACAUCCCCUUUUUUAACCUACUCGUCGUGCAUACGUACGAAGAUACAUACGUGCAUACUAUACGUACGUACACGUACGAUCAUUCAUCCGUGCUUACGUAUCCCUGUUUACCUUCGCGCGCACUUAGCCUGUUUGCGCCCCCAUUUGUUCAUGCAAAAGUAGUCAAGAUGAGGAAUACGAGGCCGUUUAUUUUUCUCCUUGCGCUCUCCCUGUUAAAUUGUAUUAGGGGCAUAGACUCCAACAUUGAAGGCCCCGUGAUCGGAAUCGACUUAGGCACAACAUACAGCUGCGUUGGAGUUUUCAAAAAUGGCAGAGUGGAAAUUUUGAACAACGAGCUGGGAAACCGUAUCACCCCCUCGUAUGUAUCCUUCGUGGAUGGAGAAAGGAAGGUGGGUGAGGCAGCCAAAUUGGAAGCCACCCUACACCCCACGCAGACAGUAUUCGAUGUGAAACGAUUGAUAGGAAGAAAAUUUGACGACCAGGAAGUGGUGAGAGAUAGGACCCUUUUGCCAUACGAAAUUGUGAACCAAGAAGGAAAGCCAAAUAUAAGAGUACAGAUCAAGGACAAGAAGACGACGUUUGCCCCAGAACAAAUCAGUGCCAUGGUUUUAGAGAAAAUGAAAGAAAUAGCUCAAUCCUUUUUGGGAAAGCCAGUUAAGAACGCAGUGGUAACUGUGCCAGCGUAUUUCAAUGAUGCGCAGAGACAAGCAACAAAAGAUGCAGGAACGAUUGCUGGGUUGAACAUCGUGCGUAUUAUAAACGAGCCAACCGCAGCAGCUUUGGCGUACGGUUUGGAUAAGAAGGAAGAGACGAGCAUUUUGGUGUACGAUUUAGGAGGAGGAACCUUCGAUGUGUCAAUCCUAGUCAUCGACAAUGGUGUGUUUGAGGUUUACGCAACUGCAGGAAAUACCCACUUGGGAGGAGAGGACUUCGACCAAAGGGUGAUGGAUUACUUUAUCAAAAUUUUUAAGAAAAAGACAAACAUAGAUCUCCGUUCAGAUAAGAGAGCCAUUCAAAAGUUGCGAAAGGAAGUGGAAAUUGCGAAGAGAAAUUUAUCUGUAGUUCACUCUACGCAGAUCGAAAUUGAAGAUAUUGUAGAAGGACACAGCUUCUCUGAAACAUUGACGAGAGCCAAAUUUGAAGAAUUAAAUGAUGACUUAUUUAGAGAAACUUUAGAACCCGUAAAGAAGGUACUAGAUGACGCAAAAUAUGAGAAGAGCAAAAUUGAUGAGAUUGUUCUCGUAGGAGGAUCUACUCGUAUCCCAAAAAUUCAACAAAUUAUAAAAGAAUUCUUUAAUGGAAAGGAACCAAAUAGAGGUAUAAACCCAGAUGAAGCUGUAGCAUACGGUGCUGCCAUCCAAGCUGGAAUCAUUUUGGGAGAAGAAUUACAAGAUGUCGUUCUACUAGAUGUGACUCCACUCACGUUAGGAAUAGAAACCGUUGGAGGUAUCAUGACGCAACUUAUUAAAAGAAACACAGUCAUCCCAACGAAGAAGUCUCAGACCUUUUCCACCUACCAAGAUAACCAACCAGCUGUCCUCAUUCAAGUGUUCGAAGGAGAAAGAGCAUUAACAAAGGAUAAUCACCUUUUGGGAAAAUUUGAACUCACAGGAAUCCCACCAGCACAGAGAGGAGUACCCAAAAUAGAAGUCACCUUUACUGUGGAUAAGAAUGGCAUUCUCCACGUAGAAGCGGAAGACAAAGGAACAGGAAAGAGCAAAGGUAUUACCAUUACGAACGAUAAGGGAAGACUCUCCAAGGAACAAAUCGAGAAAAUGAUUAACGAUGCAGAAAAAUUUGCAGAUGAGGAUAAGAAUCUUAGGGAAAAAGUCGAAGCGAAAAAUAACUUAGAUAACUACCUACAGAAUAUGAAAGCCACUGUGGAGGAUAAGGACAAAUUGGCAGACAAAAUUGAAAAGGAUGAUAAGAAUGCCAUUUUGAAUGCCGUGAAGGAUGCGGAGAAUUGGCUGAGCAAUAACUCCAAUGCUGAUGCGGAAGCGCUAAAGCAGAAGUUGAAGGAUGUGGAGGCAGUUUGCCAGCCCAUCAUCGUCAAGUUGUACGGCCAGCCAGGCGCCAAUUCUCCCCCCCCAAGUGCAGACGAAGACGUCGAGAGCGACGAGUUGUAACUUUUGCCAUAGAAAUAAAAGGGGGGGUGGUGCCCCUGUGCAGCUGUGUAAUUUGUGUAGAGGAAUUCUCUUCAUACGUAUGCACAUCCCAGGGCGGAUGAGCGGCCAUCCGGGGGUCGCACGCACGCCCCAAUUUUUUUUCCCUUCCCAGUUUCUCCUGCGUCUUCUGCAUCGUUCUCUCCUUCUCCCUCUCCUCCCUCUGUAUCGUCCUCUCCUUCUCCCGCUUUAUCUGCAUCUCCCUUUUCACCACGGAUAAGAAGCGAAUUACACGAUUUACACUCCCGAGCGGAGAAGUGCCACCCUGUGCUGCGAGGAGUCCCCCCUCAUAGUAGUGCAACUGAGCCAUUGUGUACACCGUGCAGCGCACCGCCUCGUACAGCGAGUACAGCGAGUACACCUCCUAGUACACCGCUUAGCACACCGCCUAGCACACCGCCUAGCACACCGCCAAGCACACCGCCUAGCACAUUGCUUAGCACAUAACUUUGCAUAUACCUUUGC